AUGGGAUGGAGCAGAUCCCUCCGGCUCCUGCUGCUGCUCCUGGUCCAUGGCCCCGGAGCCCUCUCACUCCUGCAGUACCGGUAUGAGUGCCGGGAGCACCGGAUGCAGCUGGAAGCACAUCCCGGCCGCGGCCGCAGCGCUCGCUUCAGGGUCCUGGAUGAGUCUGGGACCCCCUUUGACGUCGCCAACUGCUCCAUCUGCCUCCAUUGGCUCCACAGCAGAGCCGACGGUGCCAUCGUCUUCUCCUCCGGCUACGAGGGCUGCCAUGUGCUGGUGAAGGGGGACCGCUACGUCCUGCGGGUGCAGCUGGAGGAGACACUGCCCAAUGGGGUCCCGGUCACCUCCUAUGGGGUGAACAUGACCUGUCCUAAACCCGCUGGUGAUGAGCAUCCCUUUGGUGGCCAUGGCAACGGCAUCCGCCAGAGCCAGGCUGGGGUCCUGGUCCCCCUGUCCCAGCCUGGCCUCCUGCACCACAUAUCCCAAUCCUCCAUCAGCAUCCCAGGAUCCCGGCUCACAUCCCAAGUGCAUCCGGAGCCGGUGCCCCCCCCGGCACGGGCAGAGCCUCAGGACCAGAUGGGAAUGGGGCAUCCUGGGCUCCAGACCCACAGCCAACCUGCUCUGGUGCAUCCUGGUGCUCCGGAUCCAGCAGGAGCUGGGGGGCAGAGCCAGAGACAGACGGGAAUGGUGCGACCUGGGGCUCAGCAUCAACCGGGUCUUCUUCAGCCACUGAUUCAGACCCACAACCAACCUGGGGUGAUGCAAUCUAUGGGUCAGAAUCCAUCAGGUCAUGUCCGUCCUGGGGUUCAGACCCACAACCAACCUGGGCUGAUGCAUUCUAUGGGUCAGAACCAACAGGGUCACAUCCGUCCUGGGGUUCAGACCCACAACCAGCCCGGGCUAAUGCAUUCUAUGGGGCAGAACCAACAGGGUCACGUCCGUCCUGGGGUUCAGACCCACAACCAACCUGGGGUAAUGCAUUCUAUAGGUCAGAACCAACAGGGUCACAUCCGUCCUGCGGUUCAGACCCACAACCAACCUGGGCUGAUGCAUUCUAUGGGUCAGAAUCCAUCAGGUCAUGUCCGUCCUGGGGUUCAGACCCACAAUCAACCCGGACUGAUGCAUUCUAUGGGUCAGAAUCAACAGGGUCACAUCCGUCCUGGGGUUCAGACCCACAACCAACCUGGGCUGAUGCAUUCUAUGGGUCAAAAUCAACAGGGUCAUGUGCGUCCUGGGGUUCAGACCCAUAACCAACCUGGAGUAAUUCAUUCUAUGGGUCAGAAUCAACCAGGUCACAUCCGUCCUGGGGUUCAGACCCAAACCCAUGCAGUUCUGGUGCACCCGGGGGCUCAGGCUCAAGCAGGAGCCCCCCAUGCAGUGCUUGCACCCCAAAACCAGCCCGGUUUGGUGCAUGGCACCAGUGGCUUCAUGCACACCAGUGCUCAGACCCACACAGGCUUCCUGCGUCCAGCAGCUCACCCCCCAACCCACCCCAACCCUCAGCCCCAUUCCCAAGGCAGCCAUGUCCAUCCCGGGAUGCUCCAUCCCAGCCAUUCCCGACCGGGAAUGACCCAUCCCGGGCUUCAAUCCCGGCCGGGUUUGCUGCGUCCUGGUCUCCAUGCUCAGCCCCAUCCAGGUUUGGGGCGCCCAGGACUGCAGCCCCAAGCCCAGCCUGGAUUGAUGAGGCCUGGGCUCCAGUCCCAGCCCAGUCUGCUGCAAUCCACAGCCCUCUUCUACCCAUCAGCAGGGGCAGGCACCCCACUGAGCCGGGAGCAGUGCCAGGUGGCUGUGGGGAGGAUGCCGUGUGUGGCACCGCAGGGCAGGGAUGCAUGUCUGCAGGCAGGAUGCUGCUAUGAUGACAUGGACCGGACUGUGCCCUGUUACUAUGGCAACACCGCCACAGUUCAGUGCCUGCUGGAGGGUCAGUUCGUGCUGGUGGUGCCGCGGGGGCUCAGCACCCAGCCCUACAACCUGGACAGUGUGCGCCUGGCCAGCAGCCAGCCUGGCUGUGAGCCCCUGCGCGUCACCGAGGCCUUCGUCAUGUUCCGCUUCGCUGUCACACAGUGCGGGACCACGGCGCAGGUGAUCGAGGACCAGCUCAUCUAUGAGAACCAGCUCAUCUCCACCAUCGAUGUGCAGGGGUCCCCCCGGGGCUCCAUCACACGGGACAGCAUCUACAUCCUCCAAGCCCGCUGCAUCUACAACGCCAGUGAUCUCCUGCCCCUCCGCAUGGAAGUUGCCAUCCCCACCACUGCGGCCGCCGUGGCCAGGCCGGGCCCAUUGGGGCUCCAGUUGCGCAUCGCCACUGAUGAGAGCUACAGCUCCUACCACCCCGAUGGUGACUUCCCCCUGGUGAAGGUGCUGCGGGACCCCAUCUACGUGGAGGUCCGGCUCCUGCACAAGACAGACCCCAACCUGGUGCUGGUGCUGCACCAGUGCUGGGCAGCCCCCAGCACCGAGCCCACGGCACAGCCCCAGUGGCCCAUUCUGGUGGAUGGGUGCCCCUUUGUAGGGGAUAACUAUAGGACGCAGCUCGUGCCGGUCGGACCAGCAUCCCCACAGCUCCCAUUCCCCAGCCAUUACCAGCGCUUCAUCAUCUCCACCUUCACCUUUGUGGAGCCCCCAUCCAUGGCAGUGCUGGAGGGAGAGGUGUUCAUCUCCUGCAGUGCCUCCGUCUGCCAUCUGGCCCAGCCUGAGCCCUGCCGCCCCUCCUGCCACCUUGGGGUGCCCUCACGUGCACGGCGGUCACCAAGGGGCAGGAGAACAGGAGCCAUGGGCACGGUCAGCUCCCAGGGCAGCAUCACCUUCCCUAUGGGGACCAGGCUGCAGCGAGGCAGGGGAUGA